GUUGAAGGUGAACAGAAUUGGUCUGAUGGAGCAAAGGGACUCGGGGCAGCUCAGUACAAGAAGGAAACAAUUCGACCAGUAUGCAGACAGCACGAAUCGUACUUGAAGUUUGACACAACACCAGAUAACUCACACAGGAGAGAAACCCCUCAAGUGCACUGUGUGAGAAGGCAUUUACAGAGUCAUCACAUCUUAAAAUACACCAGAAAACACACAGGAGAGAAACCCUUCAGGUGCACUUUGUGUGAGAAGGCAUUUUUAGAUUCAUCACUUCUUAAAAUAUACCAGAGAAUACACACCGGAGAGAAUCCCUUCAAGUGCACUGUGUGUGGAAGUGCAUUUGCACAGUCAUCAAUUCUUCAUGACCACCAGAGAACGCACACAGGAGAGAACCCCUUCAAGUGCACUGUAUGAGAAGGCAUUUGCACGAUCAUCACAUCUUAAAAAACACCAGAGAACGCACACAGGAGAGAACCCCUUCAAGUGCACUGUGUGUGAGAAGGCAUUUGCAAAGUCAUCAAAUCUUCAGAGUCACCAGAGAACAUGCACAGGAGAGAAACCCUUCUGGUGCACUAUGUGUUAAAAUGCAUUUACAGAGUCAUCUCAUCUUCACGACCACGAAAGAACACAGGACAGAAACCCUUCAAGUGCACUAUGUGUGAGAAGGCAUUUACAGAGUCAUCACAUCUUCACGACCACGAAAGAACACACAUAGGACAGAAACCCUUCAAGUGCACUCUGUGUGAGAAGGCAUUUGCAAAGCCAUCAAAUCUUCAUAUUCACCAGAGAACGCACACAGGAGACAAACCCUUCAAGUGCACUAUGUGUGAGAAGGCAUUUACAAAGUCAUCGCAUCUUAAAACACUGCAGAGAAUGCACACAGGGGAGAGACCUUUCAAGUGCACUGUGUGAGAAGGCUUUUGCAAAGUCAUCAAAUCUUCAGAGUCACCAGAGAAUGCACACAGGAGAGAAACCCUUCAAGUGAACUAUGUGUGAGAAGGAAUUUACAGAGUCAUCACAUCUUAAAAAACACCAGAGAACACACACAGGAGAGAAACCCUUCAAGUGCACUAUGUGUGAGAAGGCAUUUGCAAGGUCAUCAAAUCUUCAAAGACACCAGAGAAUACACACCGGAGAGAAACCUUUUAAGUGCACUAUGUGUGAGAAGGCAUUUGCAAUGUCAUCAAAUCUUCAGAGUCACCAGAGAACGCACACAAGAGAGAAACCCUUCAAGUGCACUAUGUAUGAGAAGGCAUUUACAGAUUCAUCACAUCUUAAAAAACACCAGAGAACACACACAAGAGAGAAAUCCUUCAAGUGCACUGUGUGUGGAAGCGCAUUUGCAACGUUAUCAAAUCUUCAAAGCCACCAGAUACCACACACAGGAGAGAAACUCUUCAGGUGCACUAUGUGUGAGAAGGCAUUUACAGAGUCAUCAAAUAUUGAAAUGCACCAGAGAAUGCACACAGGAGAGAAACCCUUCAAGUGCACUGUGUGUGGGAAGGCAUUUGCAUGGUCAUCACAUCUUCAAAGACACCACAGAACACACAGGCAUCAAAAGAUCCCCAAGGAGCGGAGUCUGAAAUCGGCUUGUGCAAGUCCAAGUGCUGCAAUGAGCCCAUCCCUGCUGAAAAAAGAACCAGAAUUUGAUUCCAGCUUGGACGCAAUGAAAUGUAUCAAGGCGGAUUUUGAAGAGGUGAAAUGUGAAGAAGUGAUGGUGAAGAGCGAAGAAGCGAUGGUAAAAUGUGAAGAUGAAGAUUCAACUCCAAAAUCGGACCUUCACAUCGAUGUAGGCAACGUGAAGCAGGAGGAGAAUUCUGACUGUGAGGCAGAGCGAGGCAACUCCCAGGAGUUUGUGGAAGUGGAGGUGUGGGUGGACUUCUUAGACAAUAGAAAGUCAAAUGCAGACCCGGUAGAUGUGUAAGCUUGAGACAAUGAAACUCCAAUAAAUGCACUUUUGUCACAGACUAAAAGAACACCAAAGAAAGUACUGUCUGUGAAAAGACAUUUGCACGAUCAUCAGUUCUUCAGAUCCACCAGAGAACAAACGGAUAAACCCUUCAUGUGCAGUGUAUGUGGGAAGGAAUUUUCAGGUUCACCUGCUCUUAAAAAUCACCAGAGAACACAGGUGUAAUGAUUGUGGUGUCGCUGCUGUGUACACACGCUCAUGUGUGACGUCACUGCGUUACUACCACGUGGGUCUACACACACACAUGACGUCAUCCCGGCUGGAAUGACGUCAGUGCCGGUGCUGGACACAUGACCGAAUCCGAGUGGGGGGCCGGGGGCCGAGGGGGACCUCCGGGGGCACGUGGA